ACACCUCCUUGAAUCGCUGUCCCAAGCGCCGUAUGAGUUUCGGAUCAGAGACUGGAUUGUCCUACUCUUCGCAGCUUCGGCCGCGGUCGCAUACCUUGGGGAUGGCAUCAUUUGGGGUAAAUCAGAUCCCAAUGCCUAUCUCAUGUACACCUCUCCACAAGCUUCAAGUGAUUUCAAGGUCAAGCCGAAGAAGACAAGGAACAUUGUGCAGAAAUUGGAAGAAACGAAUAACGACAUUGUGAUUUUCUGGGGUUCCCAGUCUGGAGUAACAGAGAGGUUUGCCGAGAGACUUUCUCGAGAAUGGCACUCUCGCUUUGGGCUCAAGACACUGGUGGCCGAGAUGGAUGAAUAUGACCCUGAGCACCUCACAGCCUUGCCGAAGCAUAAAUUCGCCGUCUUCAUGACCUCCACAUAUGGGGAAGGGGACCCACCAGAUAAUGUGGUCGACUUUUUGACUGGUCUCGAAAAGAUGAAGAAGGAUGAUAUCAAGUUGGACGGUCUACGCUACCUUGCGAUGGGAUUGGGUAACAAGAAUUACAAGUACUACAAUCAGACAAUCAAGUCAAUGGAUGAAACGCUAUCUGCCCUGGGUGCUUGCCGAAUCGGUCCCGUUGGAUUGGCAGAUGAAAGUCAGGGAACAACAGAAGAGAGCUUUAUGGAUUGGAAAGAAGCCAUCCUUGAAGACCUUGGAGCAGUUAUCACCUUGACCGAACGCCCGAUUACAUAUGAGCCGGCGAUCGAAAUCACGGAAGUCAACGUCGACAAGAAGGAUAUCUAUCUCGGCGAACUGAAUGAUAAACAGCUCUAUGGGGAAACUGGACGAGUCGCGUACAACGAAAAGAACCCUUACGCUGCACCCAUUGCCGCGAGUAGGAUUAUUUCGUCAGUACCGAACCGCAACUGCGUUCAUAUGGAAUUCAACCUCUCUGCUGUUCCUGCAUUGCGUUAUCAAACCGGCGACCAUCUUGCUGUAUGGCCUGUCAAUCCAGAAAAUGAGGUUGAACGCUUAUUUCACAUGCUUGGUCUGGACGAGGUUGAACGAACUAGACCAGUCAAUAUAGAAUCCAAAGAUACGGCCACUUCGAAGCUUAAUCUGCCUUCCCCAACAACCAGAGAAGCACUCCUCAAGCACUAUCUCGAGAUCUGCGCCCUCGCCUCUAGGGACCUCCUGGUCAUGCUCGCCCAGUAUGCUCCUACACCAUCUGCAAAAGAGAAGCUUCUCCGCUUUGGCCAGGACAAGGAGGCUUUCCGGAUGGAGAUUGCAGGACGCUACCUUUCUGUAGGCAAAGUUAUGGAAAUGGUUGAACCAGAGGCCAAAUGGAAAAAUGUGCCCUUCUCAUUGUUAGUAGAAAGCUUCGGACGUCUCCAACCUCGCAGAUACUCCAUCUCCAGUUCUCCUCUUGUUCAGCCUCGACAGCCCACCAUUACCAUGAUCGCGAACAAUCGCCAAAUCAAGUUACAGGAGGACGCCAAGGAGGAAACCACCCAAUUCAUGGGGCUGGCAAGUAACUUUCUCCUGGCGCACGAUUGUGCCUACAAUGCUGCAGAGAAGUCGUCGGGCAGUCAGCAGCUGGGUUCAUUGGCAAGAUACGAUCUCAACGGCCCAAGGAAUAAGCUCACCGGUGGAAAGAUUUUCAUUCACAUCAAGCGCUCCACCUUUAAGCUGCCAACUAACCCACUGAUCCCUAUCGUCAUGAUCGGUGCUGGUACUGGAAUUGCUCCAUUCCGGGGUUUUGUUCAGGAGCGCGCCCGUCUCGCUGAGCUUGGCAAGCCAAUUGGGAAGAUGUUGCUGUUCUUCGGUUGCCGUUCUGAGGGGAGUGACUUUCUUUAUCGGGAGGAGUGGGAUCAUUGGAAAAAGAAGCUGGGAGACAAGUUCGAACUGAUAACAGCAUUCUCUAGGGAGCCAUCAAAGGCAAAGGUCUAUGUACAACACAGAGUACGAGAGGAAGCAGAGAAGGUUGAACAACUUGUGGAUGACCGCGCAGCGGUCUAUAUUUGCGGCGCGGCUGCGAUGGCAAGGGAGGUAAGGCAAGGGUUGGUGGAUGUCUUGGCUGAGAGGAAAGGAAUGGACCCAGAAGAGGUGGAUCUCAAGUUUAUAACGAAGAUGAAGAAGGCCGGCUUGUAUCAAGAGGAUGUUUGGGGUUAGGAAACAUGAGUUACUUUAGCAUGCUGGUUGUACUUUGAUGACUGCGGAGACUUGGCUGAAUGGAAAGUCAGGGAAGGAGCUCGGAUCCUUAGCAAAUUAUAUAUAUCAUAUUCCAGAUACUUGCUGGC